GGGAGAGAAACAGAGGAAGAGCGAGAGAGAGGGAGGCAGACAGAAGAACAGACACGAAACUUGUGACUUGACAAAAGAGGGCAGGUACCAGAGGCAGGACGAUGAAGGCCGGCGUGGGACUCUUCUCUGCACUGGCUCUGUUCCUCCUCAUGGGGGCAGUGUUGACCCAGAGACCUCGGACCAAGAAGCCCACCAAGCGUCCAGCCACCACCAGGAAGCCCGCCGUCCCCAGGCCUCCUGUACCGGCGCCGCCAGAACCCCAGGAGCCCACAGACUUCCCCCCACUCAUCCUGGGCCCCCCCUCCAUCUAUCCCGACUGCCCCCGCGAGUGCAUGUGCUCCCCGAGCUAUCCCACUUCUCUGAACUGUGAGACCAGGAACAUCCGCGUGAUCCCUGUCAUCCCGGCCAGAACCCACUACUUGUACCUGCAGAACAACUACAUCUCGGAAGUGACGGCAGAGCCGUUCGUCAACGCGAGCGAGGUCCGCUGGGUCAACUUGGCAAACAACCGCAUUCAUCGGAUAGACAAACAGGUGUUCGAGAAGAUCCCGGCUCUGCUGUACCUCUACGUGCACCGGAACCAGCUGAAGGAAGUGCCUCCAGGCCUCCCAUCGAACCUAGAGCAGCUGAGACUCGGUAGAAACGUCAUCUCAAAGAUCCCGGCUGGCGUUUUCAGCAAAAUGGCGAACCUGACUCUGCUGGACCUCUACCACAACCAGCUGAGUGACAGCGGUCUGGGAAAAAACACCUUCAAAGGCCUGAAGAACCUGAUGCAGCUCAAUCUGGCUCACAACGUGUUGAAGAAGAUGCCCGAUGGCGUCCCCAGUGGCCUCAUCCAGCUUUACCUGGACAAGAACCGUAUAGAUGACAUCCCAAAAGACUACUUCAAAGGCCUCCCCCACCUGGCGUUCGUGCGGCUGAACUACAACCAGCUGAGCGACAAAGGGCUUCCGAAGGCCGUGUUUAACAUUUCCAGCCUGCUGGACCUGCAGCUGGCCCACAACCAGCUGGCUUCCGUUCCUCUGUUCAACAGCCACCUGGAGCACCUGCACCUCAACCACAACAGCAUCGAGAGCAUCAACGGCACCCUGAUCUGCCCUCUGCCCUUCUACGGCCCAGACGCCGUCCUGGGCGAUGACAUCCUGGCCCCCAAACUAAGGUACCUGCGCUUGGAUGGAAACCACCUGAGCCCCCCCAUCCCUCUGGAUGUCAUCAUGUGCUUCAGACACCUUCACUCUAUCGUCAUUUAGUAGAAGCACACACACACACACACACACACACACACACACACACACACACACACACACACACACACACACACACACACACACAGGGCAGAGCAUGCAUCAUAAAACACAACAUAUAUCCACAAACAACGUUUGUGGUUCAAGCAUUUCAACUGCAAGAGCUGCGAGACUGAAAACUGGAGGAGUGACGGUUUAUCAGCCACUUUCUGUUUAUUAAACUUCAAAUGAGUAAAGCCUGAAAAUGCAGACACAUUGACAGACAUGCUACAGACAUGGAGUGUAGUUAUGAUGGCUACAAACAGACCCGCAGGAGAAGUAACUACCAUGUAGUUGAGAAUGUCGCAAAUGUGCCUGUGAUUUUCACGGUACUUCAUGUAAAAAUGUCAUUUUAGCCCCUGUAUUCUUAGUCUUCUGUAUAUUGUUCUUCUGUAUAAAGAAGCUUUGUAAAAAUAUUGGGAAAUAAAACUUCUUCAUUUGAUAA